AUGCCUAUAAACGAACAGAUUCGAACAAUAUUUGUAAAAAAAUCAUGUCUCUCACAGUUAUCUUCAUCAUCGUUGACUUGUCAAUCAGGUGAUAAGCAACAUUCAUAUUCCUGUUCACAUUGUUCAAAAUUAUUUUCUUCUCCAAGUCAUUUAUCUCGACACAUUCUUAUUCAUACAGGUGAAAAACCAUGUCUUUGCGCCGAAUGUGGUCAACAAUUUAGCCAAAUAUCAUCAUUGGAACGUCAUCAACGUACUAAACAUGAAAACGAGAAAAAAAUCCAUACAUUAAAUAAUCAUUUAUAUCAAUGCAAACUUUGUCAUGAGUAUUUUUCAUUAAAACAUAAUUUAAAGAUGCAUGAAAAAAAAUUACAUCAAAUACAAACAAAUUUCUUUUGUAAUACAUGUUCAGCUUAUUUUACUUGUAAUUCAUCAUUGCAAAAACAUCGCAAUUUUCGUCAUCGAUCGUUACUAAAAAAUCAAUCGGAAAAUAAUAAAAUUCAACAAUCGCCGAUUUCCAACGAUGAACCAAUGGUUACAAUUAAUAAUAUGUCAGAUAAUUGGACAUUGACACAUAUUAAUCAACAUGAUACAACUGCAAAUAUCUUCGGUGGAUCAACAGUAUCUGGAUCGGAUUCUCCCACCGAUGAACAACCAUCAUUUUUUUCUACGGAAAUAUCUACAAUUAAUAAUUUUUUUUUAAUCAUAACAGUAACGCUAAUGUCUAUUUCAUUCGAAAAAGCUUCUACAUCAAGCUACAAUGCACAAAGUAGUGCAGUGAAACGAUUAAUGCGUGAAGCCAUUGAAUUAAAGGAUCCAAAUGAAUUAUUCUAUUGUCAACCAGUUGAAAAUAAUUUAUUUGAAUGGCAUUUCACAAUACGUGGCCCAAAAAGUACUGAAUUCGAACAUGGCAUUUAUCAUGGGCGAAUUUUGUUUCCAGUUGAAUAUCCAAUGAAACCACCAUCAAUUGUUUUACUAACGACCAGUGGUCGUUUUAAAGUCAAUGAAAAGAUCUGUUUAUCAAUAUCUGCACAUCAUGCUGAAACCUGGACACCUACUUGGGGUGUGAGAACAGCUUUACUAGCAAUAAUUGGUUUCAUGGAAACGCCUGGAGAAGGUGCCAUAGGCUCUCUUGAUUAUACACCUGACGAAAGACGGGCUUUAGCAGAAAGAUCGCAAUCAUAUGCGUGUCCAACAUGUGGUGUUGCUAAUAGUCAAUUACUGUUACCCUUAUCGGAAAAAUCAAUUGAUAUUCAAAGACAAGCGAAAUCAUUGGCAAAUCAAAUACAUAUGAAGAAUUAUGACACAACAUCGAAAAAUGCACCAAUAGUUCAGUCAACAUUAAAUCCGAGUGAAUCGCGUUCUCAUGCACCGCCAAAUCAAGUAUUAGUAUUAAAUCAGAAUAGUUCACACCGUGAUUUCUUCAACACUUUGAUAUGGUUUUGUUGUAUAAUAUUUUUAUUUCUCUUCUUACGGCGAUUAUUUAUAACAUUUGGCAGUCAUCGACCGUUUCCAUCUUCGUCUUCUGAUUUCUAA